AUGACCAGCUCAAUCAAGAUCCCUUGCUUCUGCCCCUGGGACUGCUCAUUUAGCGGCACACAGAUGGCGACCAGCGGCUCAUUCCCCGGUCCCGCUCCAGCUAUCCUUGCGUCCGCACUUCUCCCACCGUGCCCAGCGGAGACGGGAAACGAAGCCCAAAGACCGGCUCCUGAGUGUAACUGGGAUUUGCAGUGCGAUAUUGACAAGGGCAUCUCGCUCACAAGUGCCGAGAGAUCAGUGUUUGGUCCUGGUCGAGUGGUGGGCAUAUCCGGGUUGCAACCCGGAAGUGUAGAGCCUCGUGAACAGAAAGAUAAGGAUUCGGGAGUCGUACGAAGCUGGGUGCUUGAUCUCUCCACGCAUCUGAUCCUCUCUCUUUUGACACGGCCACAUUUACCACCUUCACGACCUGAUUCUGAUACAAUAUCUGAGCUCCUGCCACAGGCUUUUAUUAUUCAAUUUUACGGCUCGCGCACUUUUACUCGAGAGUAUCUUCUCGGAUCAAUCCAGCAGAAGCUUCCAGAGCACUCAAUGAACCUAUCUCAGGCUAUACUCAACAGCGUCAAGAUCUUCCGUGCCUUCAAUUUCGAUGAGAUCGUUGACGCUAUAUCUCAAAUUUCAAACACCUUGUACACCACACAACAGCAACAAACCUCCCGUGCGCGCUCACUGCUCCUUUUAGAAGACCUAGAUCAAUCCGUCGCAGAGAUCCAGCGUACCUCCAGCACCUUAGCCACACAGGCGAGACUUGUGCCGCUGCUCCGCACUUUGACUGUUCUCUCUCGAACACACGCCACGCACCUCACUGUCAUCGUAGUGAAUACAAUCCUCCUUCCAUCCUCAACUGCAAGUGUUCUACCAGAACAAAGCGGCGCGGAGCAUACCUUUGAACAGUCAGAUAUACCGCCUCAGUCCCAACACUUUCACCGUCAAAAUCACUAUCAACCAGUCUGUUCAAUCUUUUCGCCCGCGCCACUACCGCGCCCUCAAGCGUAUCCGGAAUUAGCACCGACCCAGGGGCAGAGCCAGGUGUAUUCGUCUUCAGCCACCAAACCAACUUCUCAGCAUGCAAUUCCGCACUACCCAUCCUCACUAGCCCGUUCAUUCGAUCAAGGUUUCGAUACCCAUCUUCUUGUUUCCAAGAAGGAAACUAGCAUGAUCAUCGAAGUGGCCAAGGACCGCGUGGGCAACGCCUUGGGUAGAUGGCGUUACAAGGCGUAUGACUUCGAAAACAAAUGGACGAUAUUAUUCCCACAUGGAUCCCAGACUCCAUCCCACCCCCGUCUAUUGAUGCCAGGUUCAACUUAA